ACAGAAAAGCCUCGCGUUGCCAAGAAGCUACGGCAAAUUCGCAUUCCAUUGGAUCGCCGCCCUCUGGUCGACACGCUCGACGAGUGGCGCAACUUGCCGACGUUGGCUUCGUCUUUGCAAUUGGUAAAUGUCGUUGCCCAGCCGCCACGCCCAUUCCCGAUGCCCGGCAAGGCGACGUUCUUCGACUUGGCCCACACGCAUCUUCAGAUGCCCGACGUCUCCUCUCACCUCUCUGAUCUCGAAGCAGGCGCCAAGAAGCCGGAAGCGCCCCAGCCGGCCGCCGCUCCGAAAACCCAAACCGGAGGGUGGUUUUGGCGCAAA